AUGGGCUUUUCCUACGACAGUUCUCUUUCGCAGCCCGCCCUCGGGCGGAAUAUCAAGCUUGGCAUGCUUUACGACGUGCGCACCUCACAAUUCUUCAGCGGCGUCUCUCUCUGGGAUAAUUCGGUGGUCAACGCGAAGCCAGAGUUGAGCGAGGAGCAGGUUCAAAAUGCAGACUUUGUCCUUUCUCACUCGCUCGAAGAAGCCCGAAACAACAUUUCCCUCGACACCGAGGGUUCAUUGAACCUUGACCUCAAGCUAUGCAGCGCUGUCGGGUCUGCCAAGUUCCUUAACGACAGAAAGUCCACUGCCCAUGAGGCUCGUCUUGACGCUUCGUGCACCGUUAUGCGUCACACCCGUCGGAUUCCUCAAGAGGUCCUGGCCUCUAUGAAAUACAGCCAAUAUCUCGACGAUGGUCGAUACACUCACUUCGUCGCCGAAGUCGUCGAAGGCGGAAGCGCUACUCUGAGCUUUGUGAAGGCCUGUUCUUCGGCUGAUGAAGCCCGCAGAAUUGCAGGAGAGCUUAAGGUCAGCGUUGUCAAUGUCCCUGUCAGUGGUGGGGACAAGGUCGAGUUCUCCUCCAAGAACGAGGCUCUCUUCGACGACGUUAAGAUUUCAUACAGCGGUGCCAUCGCUGAGAAUGUUUCCAGCCUCGAGGAUGCCCGCAGGGUUGCUGGGGAAAUGCCCAGGACUCUGGCUAAGCAAACGAACGCGCUUUCCUGCACGCUUCUGCCGCUCUCGAUUCUCGACAGGAAGGCAGGCCGAAUUAUCCGAAGCCUGGACAGUAGCCUCGUCACUAAGACGGCCGCCGCUCUCAAAGAUGGCAACAUGGCAGGCCUCAUGUUGCGGGAUCUCAUCAGCAAAGAUUUAUUUCAGAGCGAAUUCCCGGCAAUCGGACGCCAGAUUUCCAACUUUCGGGAUGCUUUUGCCGAUGCUCAAAACGAAUUUGAACAAGAGGCACGUCGUCUACUCCCUGAACUUCGAGAUGGUACCAAGGAUGAAAACACAAAUGCCACGGCUCUCCGGGCCGCUGUAAAGUUGUUUCGACAACAUACUUGGACCACGAAACGAUUCAUCGAUAAGAAGUCAAACGAGGCCAAUGUUCUUGAGACAACGCUUGCUUCUCUGUCUGCAGAGAAAUUCGAGAAUCAUUUAGGAGCGUUGAAGGUUCAAUCCCUCACAGGGGGCGCGGCUCCGAGGCUUUUCCUCUCGUUAGGAGGUCUUUCCAUCGGGAUGGAGAAGCAUCCGCUUCAAGACUUAAUAGAAUCUGGCACCGAGUACUCCAACACCGAAAAGGCUAAAGAUGAUAUGGACGAAGAGUGGUUCGAGAACGAUGACACAAAGGUCUUUGUGGAAGAAUCUUUUUCAGCCCUGUGUGAGCUGCGGAAGCGAUCACCCGCAACCCCGCCCGUUACUUUUGGAGUUGCAAGUAUAGACACCGCCUUUUGCCCUGGCAACCUGAAAAAGGUCAGCACCAAAGUUGGCGACAUCAUUCUCGACAAUCGGGGCAGAUUUUCAAUUGUCAACGGAAUGCUUCCCAAAGCUCCUUCUACCCCAUGUCUAUCCGUCGAUGGCAAGACAAUUACAGUGACUCUAGCCCAAGGGCGUGAGGACUCCGAGAGCGAGAUUAUACCAACCACGGGGUUUCUGGUCAAAUAUCGACGACUAAACAGCUCUCUUCGAGACAGCGCUUUACCCAAGGGAAUCGAGGAUGAUGCAAACAAAGAGAUAUUCUGCACCAUUUCGGAGUCGCAAGCAGUCCUUAGUUCGCUGUUAGAAAACUGCGACUAUGAGGUCAAAGUGAGCUUUCAGACCAUAGUCGGAGCGUCAGUCUGGAGUCCAGUAGUUGUUGAGCGCACACCGAAACCGAAGCCUUUCUCGAUAGCCCGCCAGGUGGUGGAAUUCAUUGAGAAGAGUAAACGACUGCAGCUACGAGUUUGA